GUUAUCAAUAAUAUCUUGGCUUCUCCAUAUUCAAAUCUAUAUAAUCCCGAGAACAUUUAUCUGUCAAAAGAUGGCGGUGGUGCCGGUAAUAUUUGGGCUUAUGGGUUUUCACAAGCAGAGAAAGUAUGCGAAGACAUAUUUGAAAUGAUUGACCGCGAAGCGGAUGGGAGAACAGGCUCUGGUAUGGGAUCAUUCCUUCUGGAACGACUCAAUGAUCGGUAUCCAAAAAAGUUAAUUCAAACAUACUCCGUAUUUCCUAAUAAUGAGGAGUUUUCUGAUGUGGUUGUUCAGCCAUAUAACAGUAUAUUAACUUUAAGAAGACUGACUAGUAAUGCAGAUUGUGUGAUCGUGUUAGAUAAUGCUGCUCUGAAUCGAAUUGCAUGUGAUCGGCUUCAUGUUCAAAAACCUACAUUUACACAGACAAAUCAACUGGUAUACACAACAACUCUUCGUUAUCCUGGUUAUAUGAAUAACGAUCUUGUUGGAAUGAUUGCAUCAUUGAUUCCCACACCUAAAUGUCACUAUUUAAUGACAGCAUAUACACCUUUUACGAGCGAUAAAGUUGAAAAGGCCAAGUCCAUACGUAAGACAACGGUGCUUGACGUCAUGAGAAGGCUAUUACAACCAAAAAACAAGAUGGUUUCAAUUAAUCCUUCAAAGAAAAGUUGUUAUAUUUCCGUCCUGAACAUUAUCCAAGGGGAAGCUGACCCAACAGAUGUGCAUAAAUCCUUGCUAAGAAUUCGUGAGCGUCGAUUGGCUCAAUUCAUUCCUUGGGGUCCAGCUAGUAUUCAGGUGGCCCUGACAAAAAAAUCGCCUUAUGUUCAGACGUCACAUCGUGUAAGCGGAUUAAUGUUGGCAAAUCAUACUAGCAUUGCUUCACUUCUGAAACGUACAUGUGAUCAUUAUGAUCGAUUCAGAAAACGCGGUGCUUUUCUAGAACAAUAUAGAAAAGAAGAUAUGUUUGCUGAUAACUUGGAUGAAUUUGACGUUUCCAGAGAAGUUGUAGCAGAUUUGAUAAAUGAAUAUGAAGCAUGUGAAAGCCCGGAUUAUAUAAAUUAUGUGAGUUGCUUUGCUCGCGAGUAUAUUGU